AUGGCGCAUCAACGAGGGGACUUCUACUGCGUCGUGGGUGACUGGUCUGGCAUAUUGCUCGACACCGUCUGUCCUGUGAUGACCAAUGCCAUGUUGCGGCCCAGUUUGGAGGAAGAGGAAGAGGAAGAGCAAGAAAGCAAAGAUCGACCUGACAGUACGGAGCAACACGAGGAGAGGCAAGGCGCGGUGCAAUCACUAUCGGACCGGAACGAGAUCACCUCUGCAACGCCUUUGCCCUCACCAAUGUUCGAUGUACCAUCCACACCCAUGGCAACGCCAACGGCGGAAGUGGAGUCGCCAGUUCAGCGGCCGCGACCUUCACCAAAGCUGUCGCCAAGUCUCCCGACAUUGAUACCUGAAGCACAGCCGCGCGCAGAUUUUCAACUGCCUUCGUCUGUGACAGUCCGCCGAGAGUUUUGGGGCGAGAUGGAUGCGGACGCCGCUCAGGUCCCAACUGGCUACGAGAAGCCAGGAGGUGCCGGCGCGACUGCGGUCCCGAUCUCGAGAGGACCAGGUCGGCCGUGGACCACCUCCCUACAAAACGGAUUCACCGACAGCACCGCGACCUCGCACAGCGAGCUCCAUCGGCUCCUGCGAAGUCCAGACUUCCAUGACUUCCACGAGCUGCUGUUGGCAGGUCUCGGGCUUGCAGGGAAAAGCAGCGAAUCACGCCUCGGGUCGCCGGAGUCGCCUUUCUGGAGACGGUGCCGCCUCUUGUGGCAGAGUUUGCGGCCAGCUCCACUUAAACCGGAGUCUCUGACAGAGUCUGUUCAGCCGUCACCAUGUGACCCGCUCAAGCCACCCAACUGGGCACGCUACACAGCCGGUUCAGAUCAGAUCCGAUUGAGAUCCAGUGCCGAGACGCGUCGCGAAGUGUACAGCUUCUGUGCACAGCCACUCUGGGGAAGGCUGCUGAGGCCAGCGAGGCCCAAAGGAACCACGGCAGUCCCCAGCCAGGUUCGUUUGCCUGUAACUGCAAAACACUGGUCGGGAAGGUCUGCGCCGACGGUGGCCGAACUGUCUCUGCUUGGUGACCAGCCUUUCGUUCUUUACGAGUAUGUAGAGGAGUUCCCCCCACUUUUGCUGAACGUCGGAAUGAGCCACCGCGUGGGAUCCUAUUACAUGCAACACUCGUCGAGGAGCUACGACGGCCAAGCCUUGGGCCCUUUGGCUUGCCUUCACCCGGUGGCGGUGAAAGAUGGCACUUUGCCAGGAAUGUCCGCACGUCUGAAUCCGGGGCAAGGCAUGUCGAUCAUGGAUUCUCUGCUGCAGAAAGCCCCACUUUUUCGUCACAGUCUUGAGAACAAGUUUCUGCUGGUGCAGAGCCGUGGCCUCUCUGCAAGUUGGGAGCUGUCUUUGCGAAGCUUGGAGACCUGCUGUUUGGUGGGGCAAAUCGAACCGAAGAAGCAGGUUCCCAGCCCUUGGAGCAAGGACUUUGCCUUGCUGAACAACGAGUGCAUCCGCCACAUGUACCUAGAGGCCAAGCGGAAAUGGCAAAGGGAGUCUUCCGGAGAUGUUGCCGAAGACGUUGAAAAGACGCUGUUCGAUGAGAUCGCCGAGAGUGUGUUUCAGUGGUGGCCCGAGGCGAAAUCUGCACGGGCAGAGCUCAAGGGAGGUGGCCAAGGCCAACAGCCAGCGAAGUCGCUGUCAGAGCUGGUUUGCUUGUUGGAUGCUGCCAGGCGGGGUCAGGAGCGCUUGCAGAGGCUGGGCAUUGACCUUCUGACCGAUGACAAGAAGGUCCAGAAGGCCUUGCAGGAACUUGAGAAGUUGGAAAAGCACCGGGACAGAUCCGGUAAGCGCGGCGAGUCCGAUCUGGCGUUCUGCGCACGUUGGGUGCUGGAGCAGUUGCAGCUGACCCCGUGGCACCUCACGAUGCAGUGGCUGAAUGAGAGGAAUGCCGCGGAGCGAGGUGAGAAAGGGGCCUCUCGGAACCUGGCCGUUGUGGGACCGGGUGAUCCCAGCGCCCGCCUUGAAGGGGUCAGCUAUUUGCCAGUUGGUGCGAAAGAGCUGGCGGAGUGCAUCGAGUUGGCGACUCUGCAGCGACUCUCAGAUGCAGAGCUUCGCAAGAAGUUGCUAGCAAGCUUUCCGGAGGCGAUGUUUCGAUCACUAGGGCGCUGGGAUCGGAUCUCCCUCUUGUGCCGAUCCUUGGGUGAUGCUGAGACGACCGGGGGGGUCACAGUGACUGGUUGGAGCGGCGUCAGCUUGGCGCCAAAAAAGGAGCAGAAGCCCUCCAAGGACGUGAAGCAGAAGCAUGCCAGCCUUCUGCAAGAGGCCUUUGAUCGCCAGGCCGCUGCGUUGUCCGAACCCAUCCAGGACAUGUCGGAGGGAGAGAUAGAGCAAAAAGAGGUAGGGCAAGAGUUGCUCGAUGAGCAAGACUGGUUGGAAGCUUUGGCGGAAGGCUCGACGAGUGCGGGGCCCAGUGCUGGCGCCGCCUCGGCCAUCGAGAUGGCGCCAGCGCUUUUUGAGACUCGCAGCUCCCGGGCCGACACCGACCAGGCGGAGCUGCAGAAGAUGCGGCAAAGGCUGGGCAUCAGCCAGCCUGAGCCCAGUGCGCCCAGGGCACCUACGGCAGCGCCAGCCGCGACAGACACACCCGCCUUCCGUGAGGCGACUCAGGUUUCCCAGAACAAGCCGGAGGAAGCGGCUCCGCCGCAAUCGAAGCCCAAAGAUGUCGAGCCAGAACACUCAAGCGUUAAGGUUUUGAAGGUCGUUACGUUGCACAAAAGUGCUCGGGGCUUCAAAGAAAAAGUGAUGUAUGUGGUCGGUGAGGAGAACAUUCAGCUCUACAGGGAGCUUCACACUCAGGAAGCCCCCCGAAUGCUUUCAACGCAGGAGCCCCGAACAGGCUCCAAGCAGAAGACGCGGACCUUGUCAGGUGUGUCGGCUGAGAACGACAGCGAUGGCGACUCCGGCGACGCUCGAAGUAGACCAGGACCGCGAUCUAGUCUAUCUGCUGGCAACGCAAAAUCGCGCGGCUCGGAGCAGAGAGAGAGCAAGCGUCGGAAGACAAGCAUCUCUGGAGCACCGAGCGAUGCGCCCCACUCUACUUCCGAAAAGUCGGAUUCACUUUUGUCUUCACAGGCAUUGGAUCCCCAAUCGGAUCGAGUGAAGAAGCGGUUGCGCCUUGCUUAG